CCGGUUCUUCUCUCUGUAGAAAUGAGCAGGAGCUGUAUCAUUGCGAUUGACUUUGGCACUGCGUACAGCGGCUAUGCCUACAGUCUAACUCUAAAUAAUCAACAAGUCGAGCGUGUCAAACGAUGGGAGCGAAAGUCGGGCGCAGACACUUCCAAAACCCCCACGUGCAUCCUGUUCGAUGAAAACAAAGAGUUUGUGGAUUUUGGAUACAGGGCUAGAGACAAAUAUUAUGAAAUGUGUAGAAACACAAGCGACUACUACUACUUUAAAGACUUUAAGAUGGAGCUAUACAAACAGAAAAUCACAAAGAAUAUGAGGAUCACAGAUGUGAACAAGAAGCCGAUGGAUGCUCUGCAGGUGUUCUCUGCAGCUCUGAGGUUCCUGAAGGACGAUGCUCUGGAAGCUCUCGACAAAGAAACACAGAACAUGGCCAAGGGUCUUUUAAACUUCACCUGGGUCCUGACUGUGCCGGCCAUAUGGGACAAUCCAGCGCGACAGUUCAUGAGAGAAGCUGCAGUUCAGGCUGGAUUAGUGACUGCAGCCACUGAAGACAAACUGGUGAUCGCUCUGGAGCCAGAGGCGGCUUCGAUUCGGUGUAAACAGCUCUGCUCUGAAGAUUUCAUAAUGGCCGAAGCUCCUGAUAAAAUCAGUCCUGGAACUCAGUACAUUGUUGUUGACUGUGGAGGAGGAACCAUCGACAUAACGGUUCACGACGUUCUUGAAGGAGGACAACUUAAAGAGCUGCACAAAGCCUCAGGAAAUGACAAAGGAGGACGAAGAGUGGACAGAAAGUUUGUUCAGUGUAUGAGAGAGUUCUUCUGUGAUGGUCUGUGGGAGGAAUAUGAGAGAGACUUUCCCAGUGAGGCUCAGGCCUUUAUGGAAGAUUUGAUAUGUUUCAGACAGGCUGAUCACGCUAAGGUGCAGCAGUUAGACUUCUAUGAAAAGUUCAAAUGUUUGGUCAGACAAAAGAAAGCCAGAGAUGAAGUUUUGUUUGAACCAAUGGAUGGCAUGACCUUCCUCUGGGUUAAACAGCCAAAUGCAGAGUCUUACAGCGCCAAAAUAAAAAUCUCUGAGAAGAAAAUGGAGUCUUUCUUCCAUGAGACUCUGGUCCAUGUCACUGACAGUCUGUCUGAGAUCCUCAACAAACAUUCUGACAUUAAAUACAUUCUGUUAGUGGGAGGGUUAUCAUCGAGCCAUAUUCUGCGCAGACACGUUCGUAGAGAGUUCAGUGAUCAGGCCAAAGUGCUGUGUCCUAAAAACCCACAGGAGGCCAUCCUGAAGGGAGCAGUGAUGUUUGGACGAGACCCGUCAGUCAUCAGGACCCGAAAGAGUGCGUUCACUUAUGGGGUUAGUAUGUAUAAAACAUUUGAUCCAUCUUUACAUAAGUCAGAAAAACAGUACAUCAACAAGGAGGGAGUGAUUUGGUGUCGUGAUAUUUUCUCCAAACUGGUCGGGAUAAAUGAAGAUGUGGAAUGGAACAGUACAAGAGAGUUCACAUUUUUUCCCAGCGAAAGUGAUCAGCAGAACAUGGGGUUUUCAUUUUAUCGAACAGAAAGAGAAACUGUCAUGUAUGUGGACGACUGGGGGGUGGAGGGUCCAGUUGCAGAGUGUGUCGUAGAUAUGCCCGACACUGCAAAAGGAACGAAUCGUGAAGUAAAACUAGAAGUCUUUUUUGGCUCCACUGAAAUAAAAGCAAAGGCCACUGACCUUGAGUCCAAGUCCACAGUGUCAGUCAUAGUGGACUUUAUAGCUUCAUAAGACAGUGGGCAUAUUGGCAAAGCCUGGACUAAACUAUAAAUGACUACCACA